AUGGGCGACUACAUUGACAACAAGCACGCUUCCAUCUUGGAAGCCGAUACUGCUCUCGAAUUGAGACCAGCUCGGCGCACGGUACCGGCCAGUAAAUGGGGUGUUGCAGCUCAGUGCACUACCGACGAAUUCAAGAUCCGCGAAAAUAGUCAUAAGCCGCUGGCUAAGGAUUGGACUUACCGCUUGACUGGCGAAUCGACGACCAGAACAGGAUCCUCACUAAAGGCAGCUUUCAAGCACCUACAGAAUCCAGAUGUCAUCUCCCUUGGGGGCGGCAUUCCACUCAGCGAAUUCCUCCCCUUCGAAGCCCUUUCUUUCACACCGUCAUUCGUCCCAAAAAACUCAAAGUCUGCGCCCAACUCCUCCCUUGACGAUGGACCCUUGCAAUCAAGCAAGACGGAUCUUGCAGACGGCCGAAGCGUGUUCGACAUCUCUGUGGCUCUGAACUAUGGUCAAGGCAGUGGAUCUCCGCAACUCCUACGAUGGAUCAUAGAACACACCGAGAUCGUUCACAACCCGCCUUAUGCUGAUUGGGGAUGCACCAUGACGGUUGGCAAUACUUCGGCGCUGGAUAUGGCCUUGCGUAUGCUCGCCAAGCCGGGAGACUAUGUUCUGUCAGAGAAGUUCACAUAUUCGACUGCGGUCGAGACUGCGAAGCCAAUGGGUGUCAAAUUCUUCGGUGUCGAUAUGGACGGAGAAGGCCUGCUGCCGGAAAGCCUACUUGACGUCUUGGACAGCUGGAACCCAGCAGAGCACGACGGCGCGGCAAAGCCGUUCUUGUUAUACCUCGUCCCAACGGGGCACAACCCAACCGGUGCGACCCAGAGUCUUGAACGACGCAGGAACAUCUACCGCGUUGCACAGAAGCACGACUUGAUCAUUCUCGAGGAUGAUCCGUAUUACUGGCUCCAGAUGGAUCCCUACAACUCAUGCACGGAGAACGAACCAUCUUCCACCCCUCUCUCGCCAGCGGAUUUGCUCAAAAUGACUGUUCCGACCUACCUCAAGAUCGACGUUGACGGGCGUGUCAUGCGUAUGGAUUCUUUCAGCAAAGUUGUCAGCCCCGGGUCCCGGAUUGGCUGGAUCACAGCUCCACAGGCAGUCAUUGAGAGAUACAAAACUCAUGCAGAUGUGUCCACGCAGGGGCCCAGCGGCUUCAGCCAGCUUGCAUUGUUCAAGCUUUUGGACGAAUUUUGGGGCCACGCUGGAUACCUUGAGUGGCUGCUGCACAUUCGUAAGGAAUAUACCGAGCGUCGGGACUUUAUGGUUCGAGCAUGUGAGCGUCACUUACCCCGUGACAUUGUCACAUGGGAGCCUGCGCGAGCAGGCAUGUUUCAAUGGCUCGGCGUGGACUGGCACAAACAUCCCGAUGCCUCGACGAAGUCUCCGAGUGAGAUUGAGGAGGAGAUAUGGCAAGAGGCACUUGCUCAAGGCGCGCUCAUUGCUCGUGGGAGUUGGUUUAAUGCCAACAAGCACGUCCCUCUGAAGGAGGUCUUCUGCAGAACUACGUUUGCAGCGGCGCCUCUCAACCAAAUUGAAGAGGCAGAUACUGUUUCGAAAUCCUCCCGGGUGUCUCAAUACGACCGAGAGCGAGUCCAGCUGGACGAUGCCCCAAUCCCGUCACGCCUCUCAGAUUUGCCCUUGGAAUGCCUUCAACAUAUUUUUGAACUAGUCGUUGAAUACGAGGAAGACAGCGAAUAUAAUUUGAGAGACGCGGCCCGUCUCCUUCGUGUUUCGAAAAUGUUUGAGGUCGAAAUUAUGAGGGCCAUAAAUACUACCAGACUUCUUCGCAAGAUGAGGCGCAAUUCAGAAGUCGACUUCCUGGCGCAGAGAGGCCAUACGCAUAGGAUCUCCAGCCAUUGUAGGCUGCAGCACCGCGGUGAUGCAAGCUUCUUCCUGGCAAAGUGCCUCAUAAACCAGCCAUAUCAUCACUUGCCCUGGAACACAAACUUGUCUACGGCGAUCAACGCAAUCACUGAUAGGACCAUGUCGGAUGACGGCUUGGACCCCGAAGGCGAAGAACGAUUCAGACGCGUCCACCAGCUAUGCCAACAAGCCGUCCACCUUCCACUUCCAGUCAAGCACUACGGAAUCUGGCAUCUCUUCUGUGACGAUUUCCAAAGCCUCCUUUUCCCUGAGAAUUCCGUAAUCACUGAGGAACCUUUCGAAGACUUGACGUUUUUAGCACAGGUAUAUUUGCACUCGACAGAUGCAGAGAGACUGCUACUAUCUCGAAUCUUGGAGAAAGGGCCAAAGUCGUUGUCGAUCAUUGGGGCGACAAAGCCGCAGGACCAGGGACAAUUUGGUCUUCCUCCGCUGAUGGGAUCGGUUAUGGAAGCUGCAAUCAGAACUGAAAACUCAAAUCUUGUCGCUACUUUAAUCAAUUAUGGGAUCAACACCUCACGAAGGAAAGUGACGACAAAAGUCAAGGGAAAGAAGGCGAAGGGGUGUGAGUUUUAUCACCAGCACUUUUGGAGACUAGCCGUGGCUUUCGGCGAUCUGGAGUCCCUUAGUGCUUUUCUCGAAAUCGCUGAUCGAAGGAUCCCAUCAAAUACGCUACGCAAGAUCCUGCUUGAGGCUGUUUGUACGCAACAGCCAGAGGCACUGAAGCUCUUAAUGGACAACCAGUUACCUUGGUAUGAACAACCAGAAACGAUUCGCUUCUACAGGAGUGACAGGGUCAACAAGGUGUUGGACAUUUGUCUCGAGGAGGCCGUCAAACAUGGGCAUCCUGGGGUGUUUGGCGCGCUCAUAAGCACACCCUACGCCAAGGCAACUGCUUUUUAUAUCAGAAGCUGGAGAAUGAGUUGGGGGUUUGGCCAUUGGGUUCAAUCGACAUCUGAUCACUGUCGUCCCGCAAGAUCACUCAUCGAGCUCGCUGCUAGUCGCGGGGAUGAGGAAACUAUCCGCGAAAUGUUAUCAAAAGGCGCCAGCCCCUACGGAUUGACAAACAACGCAAAACCUCACCACCGGCUAAACCCUUACCACCGCCUCAGUCAUCUCCGAGGCCUCAUGCCAAUGAUUGCCGCGGCGAAGAACCGGCACGUCGGCGCCGUCCUUGCUCUAAUCAGGGGGCACUUCAAAUGCAACGAAGUCAGGUGGCUGUUGAUCAUCGGAACGGUUCUGAAAAGCAGAGACAAGGAGCAUCUCCACAGGCAACCACUCAACUCGAACCCCCCAGUCACGUCAAAGAUUGAAGCGGACAAUGGGGAACGGCGGAUCCAGCGUGACCGAGAUGUCAAAUUCUGGCAGGAGUUGAUCGACGCAGGGGUUCUGGAUCUGCAACAUUCCGCUAAAGGAUGCCAAUGUUCCGAAACACUAAUGGCAAUGGCGGCAACUCAUCCCACUCGGAUUGCAAUCGAGACUGCUAGAAUGUUUGUCUGCGAGCAACUCGUUGUUCCAUUUGAUGCCGAAAACCGUGGGUGCGGUGACCAGUCGCACAUGGGCCCGGACGCACAGCAGUUUACAGAGAAGAUAAGACCGGAGACAGGCCAUCUUUUCACUCUCUAA